AUGCCGUCCUCCAUCGGUGAGGUCUCCCUGGCGGUUUGCCAGGUCGCGGAGGGGCUGCGCUCACUCAAGAGGGCUUACGACGCCCAGGACGACGCGCGCUGCCGCGAGCUCCUCGCCGCCCUUCAGACACGGCUGAUUGCCCUUCCAACUUUCCUCAACCCGACCGCGGCGAGCCCGAGCCGGGGCGAGGAGCUCCACCUCGCGCGGGAGGUCCUUGAGCUUGGCGUGCUCGUGAGCGCUCGAGGGAAGGACCUCGCGGCCUUUGACCGCCACUUCGCCCAGCUACAAGUUUACGAUGAGGCGGGACCCCCGGCCGACCCCCCACGCCGCGCGACGCUGCUCGGGUUGAACCUCCUCCGUCUGCUCGUGGGCAGCCGCGUCGCGCAAUUCCACGCGGAGCUCGAGCGGCUCCCCGCGGGGCCCAUCGCCGCCAGCCCCGCCGUCCGCUUCGCCGCGCAGCUCGAGCGGUACCUGAUGGAGGGUAGCUAUAACAAGCUGCUGACAGCGCGUCGACAGGCCCCCGCGAACGAGUUCUUGCCUGUCGUCGAGAUGCUCGAGUCGACUGUCCGCGCCGAGGUCGCGAACUGCAUCCCGCACGCCUACCACGAGCUCUCCAUCGCCGCCGCCCAGACAAUCCUGAUGCUUCGCUCCCCAAAUGAAGUCCGUGCCAUCGGCCGCGAGCACGGCUGGAAUCUUGCCCCGGACGGAAAGGGCUUCGUUUUUAUCCGAGAGGAGGAUAUUGCGAAGAAGGAAAUCCCCUUUAAAGAAAUGAUUAAUGAACACAUCCAAUUUGCGGCUGAAUUGCAAAAAAUUGUUUGA